GCCGCGUCCUGCAUGCUAUAUUUCUAAUGAAUAUAUUAUAUAUUUAUUCGAUGAAAAUAUAUUUUAUAAAUAUAUCAAAAUUCUAGUGAGAGUGCAGUGCAGUGUUGAAGGAUUUUCAUAUUAAACGAUGACACAAAGGAGGAAUGAUCUGCGACGCCUCGUACCAUAGCCUGCCUCCGUAGAAAAUGUUUCCUUGCGUCUGGCGCACCACAAUCUUCUUUUUGAUAUGGUUGUGCAAUGACGUCGUAUCGAAACGGAAUCACACUCUCAAACCGAGAGUGGUUCUUCCAGAAAAUUAUGUCAAAGAAAUACGUCCGCCGUCCAGAAAAGGUCACCCAGUCAUGGUGGAGUUCAGUAUCUACGUGGUGGACGUCAACUCCAUUAACGUCGAGGACAUGGACUUCAGGGUGGAUAUGUUCAUCCGUCAGACCUGGGUGGAGAGCCGGCUCCAGCUGCCAGAUGACAUCUUCGAGGAAGGCGAUGACCACGUGACUCUACCUCCGGAGUUCUUCGACAACCUCUGGCACCCGGACCCCUACUUCCUCAACUCCAAGGUCACAGAAAUCGCGGAGUUAACGCACAAGUUCUCGUCGGUGACGCUGUACAGGAACCAGACGGUGCGGUAUGCGGCUCGCAUGCACGCCAUCAUCGCCUGCCAGAUGGAAUUUCAACUCUAUCCCAUGGACAUACAGUCCUGUCCGAUUUACAUAGAGAGCUUUUCGUACAGCAACCAGAAGGUACGGUUCCGGUGGAGCGAGUCGGGGGUCACCAUCAACCCGGAGCUCAAGCUGCUGCAGUACCACAUCGGGGAACCACUCAGGUUGGAGGAAACCAACGGCUACAUGAUAGACAAGGAUGGUAACUAUUCGCGCCUGGUCGUCUACUUUCGGUUCGAGAGGCAAAUCGGUCACCACCUCAUCCAGACCUUCGCGCCGUCUUCGCUGGUGGUGAUGCUGAGCUGGUUCAGCUUCUGGCUCGACCUGGACGCCAUCCCGGGAAGGGUGACCCUGCUGGUGACAUGCAUGCUGACCCUGGUCACCAUGUUCACUGGGCUCAGGGCUGAUAUACCACCGGUCGCUUACGUAAAGGCGCUAGAUCUAUGGAUGGCAGGCUGUAUGAUGUUCGUGUUUGCCGCACUCGGGGAGUUCGUGGUGGUGAAGGUGCUAGACAAGCAAUACCAGAUGAACAAGAGCAAGGCUGAAGCCGUGCCGAGGAUCAUACCUGUGCGUCUCAACAGUGACAAAGGUUCCUGCGGCACAGUUGCUGCAUGGGAAGGCGGCGGUGUUCGGUGCCGGAAGGUGGAUCUUACGUCACCCACGUCACCACCAGCGUCGACCCCGGCGGUGCACCCAGCGCCGAACCCACCGCACCUGAUGGGGGUUGAACGAAGGCAGAGCAUUCUGCAGGUGGCCUGGCUCGAUGCUGACACUGGACAAGAGAGGAUUCUCUGGCGGGAGAUAGACAAGCUGUCCCGGGUUAUAUUCCCGGCAUUAUUCCUGCUAUUCGUGACCAUGUACUGGCCAGUUCUGCUGCUGAAAACCAAGGCUUCUUCAUAACCAUCGGUGGAUCCUUUAGUGGCUUAAGCUGCAAGCAUGUUGUGUCAACUUACUUUGAAAUA